AUGUUCAUCUUUUACAUGUUGGUAAUGAGUGUUUCAGCCUUCACCAUUCCGCCUGAGGAACACACAGUGGCUGCCGAAAACUGCAAAUUUCUUGGCAAGCAUUUCAAAACCGACUUCAGGGUAGAAGGGGAGCCUGUGGUCCUGAGGUGCCCCCAGGCGCAGCUCUGGUUGUGGGCGUCUGUCAGCCCCUAUGUCAACGUGACGUGGCAUAAAAACGAUUCUACUAGAAAGCUCCCCGGGGAAGAAGAGACGCGAAUGUGGAUCCAGGAUGGUGCUCUCUGGAUCUUGCCAGCCUUGCAGGAGGACUCAGGCACCUACAUCUGCACUAACAGAAAUGCCUCUUACUGUGAUGAAAUGUCCGUUGAGCUCAGGGUUUUCGAGAAGACAGAAGCUUCCCUGCCUUUCAUAUCGUACCCGCAAAUUCUAACCUUGUCAUCCUCUGGGUCCUUAGUUUGCCCUGAGCUGAGUGAAUUCACCCAUAACAAAAUGGACGCGAAGAUUCAGUGGUACAAGGAUUCUGUCCUUUUGGAUCAAGACAACGAGAAGUUUCUAAGUGUGAGGGGAACCUCUCGCUUAAUCAUCCAGAAUGUGUCUGUGGAGGAUGCGGGUUAUUACACUUGUGCCAUGACAUUCACCCAUGAAGGCAUGCCGUACAACGUGACUAGGAAUAUUGAACUACGUGUCAACAAAAAAGAAGAGGAGACAAUUCCUGUGAUUAUCUCCCCCCACCAGACCAUAUUAGCUUCACUGGGAUCAAGAUUGACGAUCCCGUGUAAGGUGUUUCUGGGAGCCGGGACACAGUCGACCACCAUGCUCUGGUGGAUGGCCAACAACACCAGAAUAGAGAAUGCCUACCAGGGAGGCCGUGUGACCGAGGAGCAGCGCCAGGAAUACUCAGAGAACAAUGAGAACUACAUUGAAGUGCCACUGGUUUUUGAUCCAGUCAUAAGAGAGGAUUUGAACACGGAUUUUAAAUGCCUUGUCCGUAACACACUGAGUUUUCAGACGCUCCGUACCACGGUCAAAGAAGCUACCACAUUCUCCUGGGGGACCAUGCUGGCCCCCUUCUCCCUGGUCUGCUUGGUUUUGGUGGGAAUAUGGAUGCACAGACGGUGUAAACACAGAACUGGAAAAGCACAUGGUUUGAUCACGUUAAAGACUGGCCUUUAAGAUUUUCAAUCUUACUCAAGUGAAAUAAAGACAAUAAAACGAUUAAGAGACAA